AUUCCGCGGCCGGGAGUCGACCAGCGCGCAUGCCCGGGGCGGGGCGAGGGUGGGAGCACGAAGCCGGCGCGGGGGACGACGGCGCGGUGUCCGCGGGUCCGCCCGCCAGCCCGGCCGGAGGCAGCCGAGGCUGCUCGGGCGGCGGCGAUAGCCGGAGCGCUGCGCGCGGAGGAGACAGAGCGGCGCCACGGUCGGAAUCAGACAGCAGCCUGGGGCCCAGGCAUGGUCAUGAGGGCAGCUGGGCAGUGCUAAAGACCCACACUGGCUCUAGCUGCUUCAAAAGGACGCCAGCACCCCAGAAUCCCAGCCUACAGCCCUCUGCUGCCUACAGGAUGGGAGCCUGGCCAUGAGGGAGUGCUGCCCGUCCCAGCAAAAGCCCAGCCCUAAACCCGCCAGGCACACACCUGCUCAAAGCCCAGGCAUGGACUCCAGCCACAGCAGACCCACUGGGGCUGAGGAAGGAGCCUCUUGCUCUGAGGACCUUGGUGGGAGCUUGGCCUGCCCCUCCCUGACCUGCGUCCCUCCCCAGGAGGCAGCCACCAAGGAGACACUGGGAGCAUACAGAGCUACAGUCUCAAGAACACUAGAAACCACCUUCUCUGGGAAGCCAGAGUCUGUGUCCUUAGUGAAAACUGAUAUCUCAUCCUCUGGGAACAGAAAUCCUAUGUUCUUGGAGAAGAUGGAUUCCGAUUCUUCAAAGCAGGCAGAUUCCACUUCCAUAGGAAAGGAAGAUGUUGGGUCGAGAAAGACAGAUUCCAUGUUUACAGGAAAGACAGAGCCUACCAUCUUGGGAAAGGGGGAUCCUGUGGCUUCUGGAAGGAUGGAUCCUAUGACCCUGAGAAAAGAGGAUCCUGGAUCCUUGGGAAAGGUAGAUUCUUCCUGCUCCAGCAAGGUGGAUACAGUGUCCCCAGGGAAGAAGGAUCCUAUAUCCUUAGCCAAAGUGGAUUCUGCAUACCCAAGAAAGGAGGAACCCAGGUAUUCAGAAAAAGAGGUUCCUGUGUCCUCAAAAGAGAGGGGUCCUGCAUCUGUGGGAAAGGCAGGUCCUGUGUCCUUGGAAAACAGAGAGCAUGGGCCCUCAGGAAAGGUGGAUCCUAUGUCCUUGGAAAACAUGGAUUCUGCAUCUGCAGGAAAGACAAAGCCUGGGUCCUUGGGAAUGCUGACUCCGGUGUCAUCAGGCAAAGUUAAGCCUGUAUCCUCUGGAACAGUGGCUGUGGGGUCAUCAGGAAGGGCGGAUCCUACUCACUUGGGGAUGGCAGACCCUGCAUCUAUGGAAAAUGCAGAAACUGUAUCCUUUACAAAAGAUGAUCCUCAGUUCCUGGGACAGAAGGAUCCUGCCUCAGGAAAGGAAGAUCCCAUGUCUAUGAGAAUGAUAAAAACCCUGUCUUCUGGACAGGUAGAUCCCAUAUUUUCAGGAAAGAUGGAUCCUAUAUCUUUGAAAAAUGUGGAUCCUGUGUGUUCAGGCAAGGUGGGCCCAGUUUCUUUGGGAAAGGUAGCUCCUAUGUCCUCAGGAAAGCCAGAGCCCUUGUCCCCUGGGCAGAUAGAACAGAUGUCUGUGGGAAAGACAGAAACUAUAUCCUCAGGAAAGGAGGAUCCAGUGUCUUCUAGAAAGGUGGAUCCCAUUUCUGUGGGAAAUACAAAAACAUCUGGAAAAGUGAAUCCUGAAUCAUCAGGAAAGACAGACCCUGUGCCCUCAAGUCCAGGGAAUCCCAAGUUCUUAGAGACAGCAGGACCCUCAUCCUCUGUAAAAGCUGAGGCAGUGACUGGGGGGAAAGCAGAUCCACUGUCCUCAGAGAAGGCAGGUUCUGUGGCCUUUGGAAAGGUGGGUCCCACUGUCUCGGGGAAGGCUGAAACCCCGGCCUUGAGCAGGGUGGACCCUGUGAGCAGGGAAAAGGCAGAUACGGUUCCCUCUGGUGACACGGACUUGGUGUCUUCUAAAAAUGUGGCCCCCAUGACUCUAGGAAAGAUAACCCUGGCAUCCUCUGGAAAAGCUGAAGCUGUCCCAGAGGGAAAGGUGGUUCCUCUGCCUCUGGAGAAGGAGAAUCCUGUACCCUCCACAAAGAUGGAUCCCAAGGCCUCAGGGAAAGCAGAACCCAAGUCUGAGGGCAAAGCAGAAACAAAGUCCCCUGGGCAGGAGGGUCCUGCUUCACUGGAAAAAGGGGCUGCAUCUCUGCAGAAGGAGAAGCCACUGACCUUGGAGAAGGUGGAUCGCAGAUCCUCAGAAAAAGCAGACCCUAUUGCCUGUGGAAAAGUGGAGCCUGUGGCCCUGGGGAAGGCUGACUCUGCACCUCAAAGAAAAACAGAGUUCCUAUCCUCAGGGAAGGUGUCCCCACUGCCUCUGGAGAAGGCCCUCUCCUCCAGGCAGUCAGAUGGCAAACCCUGCGGCCCAGCCCCUUCCCCAGCGGAGGCUGGGAGCAGCGGGGUACGCAUGGAACCCGUGCCAACAACCAGCACCAAGGUCUCCAACCUUGGCCAGAAAGACCCCAUGGCCUCUGGGGCCGAGAGAAGCCCCGGCCAGGAGGCCGCAGCACCCCAACCCGGGCCGCGGACUCGCGAUAACUUCACCAAGGCCCCGUCGUGGGAGGCGAGCGCCCCGCCGCCGCGCGAGGACGCGGGCACACAGGCGGGCACGCAGGCCUGCGUGUCGGUGGCUGUGAGCCCCAUGUCUCCGCAGGACGGCGCGGGCGGCCCGGCCUUCAGCUUCCAGGCGGUGCCGCGCGUGCCCAGCCCGGCGCCCAGGCCGCCCUCGCGCCGGGAUGCGGGCCUGCAGGUGUCGCUGGGCGCCGCCGAGACGCGCUCCGUGGCUACUGGGCCCAUGACGCCGCAGGCCGCCGCGCCGCCGGCCGCGCCUCCCGCCUUCCCCGAAGUGAGAGUGCGGCCCGGCUCGGCGCUAGCGGCUGCCGUGGCGCCUCCGGAAGCGGCCGAGCCCGUGCGCGACGUGAGCUGGGACGAAAAGGGCAUGACGUGGGAAGUGUAUGGCGCUGCCAUGGAGGUGGAGGUGCUGGGCAUGGCCAUCCAGAAGCAUCUGGAGCGACAGAUUGAGGAGCAUGGCCGCCAAGGGGCGCCCGCCCCGCCGCCCGCCGCCCGCCCAGGCCCUGGCCGUGCAGGCUCAGUGCGCGCUGCACCCCCUGAAGGCGCUGCCAAGCGCCCGCCGGGCCUCUUCCGCGCGCUGCUGCAGAGUGUGCGGCGGCCGCGGUGCUGCUCGCGGGCCGGACCCACGGCCGAGUGAUCUGCUCUUUUGUACUCCCGGGUUUCCGACCCUCUCAGGCUCCCUUCCUGACCCCAGUCCUCUAGAAGGGAUCCCCCUGAUAGGCGACAGGCCUCUGAGGGGUGGAUAGACUCCAGGGCCUUCUCCUGCCCUUUUUUCCAGCGCCCCUCCCUCCCAAACACACAAAUGAACUCCCUCUGCCCAGCCCCCUCAUGGUCAUGAGCCCACGAACCAGGCCCUGAUCCCCCACUGUCCCCUCACAGCCCUCAGCUCCACUCCCUCUCGGUCACACUAGGUGACCUGGGCGACCUGCUCAGCAGCUCCCAGCCCCAAGAACUAAAGCAGGCUUCUGAGAUGUUCAGAUAGGUACCCCGAGGUCUCUGUGGCCCCCAGGUCUCCAGAAUGGGAGAGAUGUAUACAAAAGCUCCCAUGUGUGCAAGGACUGAUGUGUGAGACCCCCAAAUGUGUGAGGCUGUCAGUAUGAGUCAGUGGGAGUGUGUGUCCAUGCUGUGGGCUGGCCCCCAUGGUCUGGGCUUCUCUUGCAUGCUGGUAGUUGUCCUUAAUUUCUGUUUCCCCCUCACCUGGCCCAAUGCCCAGCCUGAUCUCCAACCCUUACUGGACACUGGUUCACAAUUCCUGGACAGGGGGAAGGCAGCUGCAGGAGUGCCCUUGGGGCCAGUUGAAAGGAGACUCACAGAAAGGUCAGAGGGUCUCAGACAGGUCUGGGAAUCACAGAGGCUCAUGGAAGGUCUUGGGCCACAGGCAACGUGGGUGACAGCUGGUCUUGGGUAUCGGGCAGGACAGAGCCCGUUCUACAACCACAUUUGUCCUUUAAAGCCUGCCCUCCCUAGCACCUUGUCCAUCCUUUGCUGUGAGCCCCACAAGUCCCUUGUGACCACUCAGUACUCCUGUACCCACUCCUCCAGCCGCGGUUUUUGGCUACAAACUGUCACAAUAUACAUUGGUAA